ACCGGCUCCAAGCUUUUCCGUUUCCCAAAGCGGCUUCCGCUUCCGGGCCAGCCUUUGCAGGAAGCAGUAUUUGGAUGACGCAGAAGUGUCGCGCGGUUCGUGAUUCCGGAAGAAACAAGAGCACGGCGUGAACAUGGGGAAGCAAAAGAAAGCAAGAAAGUAUGCCACCAUGAAGCGAAUGCUUAGUCUCCGAGAUCAGAGGCUUAAAGAGAAGGACAGAUUAAAACCUAAAAAGAAAGAAAAGAAAGAUCCCAGUGCACUCAAGGAAAGAGAAGUCCCCCAACAUCCUUCCUGCUUAUUCUUCCAAUAUAACACACAGCUGGGCCCACCUUACCACAUCCUGGUUGAUACCAACUUUAUCAACUUUUCCAUUAAAGCGAAACUUGACUUAGUACAGUCAAUGAUGGACUGUCUGUAUGCCAAGUGUAUCCCUUGUAUAACUGACUGUGUGAUGGCUGAAAUUGAGAAACUGGGGCAAAAGUAUCGAGUGGCUCUAAGGAUUGCCAAGGAUCCAAGAUUUGAACGAUUACCAUGCACACACAAAGGAACCUAUGCAGAUGACUGCUUAGUACAGAGAGUAACUCAGCACAAGUGUUACAUUGUGGCCACAGUUGACCGGGACCUUAAGCGAAGGAUCCGGAAGAUCCCUGGAGUUCCCAUCAUGUACAUUUCUAACCAUAGCUAUGGAAGUCUUAGAAAAAACACAGAAUGCCUAUAAUCUUUGGACAGAAUUCUUAAAUAAGAUGGAGAAUGUAAAAGCCAUAAAAGAAAAGAUUGGUAAGUGUGACUAUAUUAAAAUUACAGAUUCUGUGCAAGGCAGCCCCCCCAAAUUAAGACAAGUGGCUGACCAAAAGAUCUUCCAAUAUAUAUAACAAGGGUAUGAAGAAGUGAGUGGUCAUGCAGUGCUGAGAAGAGUGCAGAUAGAUAUAACCGUUUUAGACAGAAGUUUGGCAAGAGACAUUAAAAUAAAAAUUACAGAUACCCAAGGAGCCCAGUUCUAUUUUUGGGUUAUUUAUAGGUAUUAUACAGGUGAUUUUCUUUAAUAUGCAUGAUUAGUGUGACGUAAGCACAUAAGUACAAUAUAAAUGUGUAAAGAAACAUUCACACAUGGGAACAAGGAAGCAUCUAGAAGCGUCUUAUUUCACCACUGUUUAUAAUAGAGGAAAAUUGAGAAGAAUGUAAAUUCCCAUCAAAAGAAUCUUAACUAUGUUACAUCUCUACAGUUAACCCUUGAACAAUGCAAGGGUUGGGGGACUGAUGCCCCACACAGUUGAAAAUCUGAGUAUAACUUUUGACUCCCCAAAAACUUACUAAUAACCUACUCAUGAUUGGAAGCCAUAGUGGUAGCAUAAACAAUUAAUGCAUAUUUUGCAUGUUACAUGUAUUAUACACUGUAUUCUCAUAAUAACAUAAGCUAGAGAAAAGGUUAAGAAAAUCAUAAGGAGGGCGCCUGGGUGGCUCAGUUGGUUAAGCGACUGCCUUCGGCUCAGGUCAUGAUCCUGGAGUCCCGGGAUCGAGUCCUGCAUUGGGCUCCCUGCUCAGCAGGGAGUCUGCUUCUCCCUCUGACCCUCCUCCCUCUCAUGCUCUCUGUCUCUCAUUCUCUCUCUCUCAAAUAAAUAAAAAUAAAAUCUUUAAAAAAAAAAAGAUUUAAAAAAGAAAAUCAUAAGGAAGAGCAAAUAUUUCUAAUAUUUCUAAUACUCUAUAAAAAAAAAUCCAUGUAUAAGUGGACCCAUGCAGUUCAAAUCGAUAUUGUUCAAGGGUCAGCUAUACUGUGGAAUGUCACGAGCAUUUGAAAAGAAGUAGAUUUAAAAAUGGGCAAAAGACUUGAAUAGAUGGUUCUCUGAAGAAGAUAUACAGAUGACCAACAAGCACAUAAAAAGAUGCUUACUAUCACUAAUCAUUAGGGAAAUGCAAAUCAGAAUCACAAUGAGAUACCACUGCAUACCUAUUCAGAUGGCUACUAUUAAGAAUAAAUAAAUAAUGAGUAUUGACAAGGAUAUGGAGAAAUUGGAACUGUUGUGCACUGUUGGAAAUGUAAAAUGGUACAGUCACUAGAGAAGACAGUAUGGCGAUUCCUGGAAGAAUUAAAAAUAGAAUUACCAUAUGAUCUGGCAAUUCCACUCCUGAGUAUAUACAAAAGAAUCGACUCAGGAUCUUAAAGAGAUAUUUGCACAUCUAUAUUCACAGCAGCAUUAUUCACAAUAGCCAAGAGGUGGAAGCAGUCCAGGUGUCCAUCAAUAGAUGAACGAAUAACCAAAAUUGGUAUAUACAAACAAUGGAAUACUAUGCAACCUUAAGAAGGAAGGAAAUUCUGACACAUGCUCCAACACAGAUGACCCUUGAGUAAGUGAAAUAAGACCAGAAGAUAAAUACUAUGAUUCCACUUAUGAAGUACCUACAAUAACUGAAUUCAUAGAGAAAAGGUAGAAAGGUGGUUCCCAGGGGCUGGAGGGAGCGGGGAAUGGGGAGUUUAAUGAGGAUGGAGCUUCAGUUUUCCAAGACAAAAAGAUUUGUGGAGAUUGGUCGCACAACACUGUAAAUGUACUUAACGAUAUUGAACUAUAUACACUUAAAAAUGGCUAAAAUGGUAAAUUUUAUGUAUAUUUUACCACAAUUAAUAAUAAUCAGAGCUAUGUUACUUACUUGACCUAAUGUUAAAAAGAAGCAACUCGUAGAACAAUUAGAUAUGGUGUGAUACCUGUUUUACUUUUUUUUAAACCACAAAAUUAUACAACUGUUUACAUGGUAAUAUACAUAUAUGGGUAGUAAAAGGUCUGAAAAUAAUUCUUUUCCUACCCUCCCUUCUCUGCUAACAGUAUUCCUCUUAAAGAAAACCAUUGUUAUAGGACUGGAUUGUGGCUCACUCCUACCCCAGCACAUAAUAUGGAUGUUUCAUCUUCCUGGUUAGACCAAUCAGAAUAUUCUUAUUCCCUUUGCCAUUGCGAUUAUUUCAAACCUGGGAGAUCAAACUCAAGCCAAAUAGUCUUAACCAGAGCUUUUACUGGAGAGUUGUUCUCUUUUUCUGUGGGAGAGCUGUUAGGUAAUGUAUGCUUUGAAACUGAGUGAUCAUAUCUGCCAAUACCUUGGAAAAGCCAACCUGGUUUUUACUUAGAUUGCAUAGUCAAACUUAAUCCUAACUAAUGUAAGAUAUAUGUCUUCUCAACCAACAGAGAGAAGAAAUGAAAACGGGAACUCAAUCAUUAAAAAAAAAACUCAAAAAAACAAAACAGGUUUUGUCAAAACCCAAUGAACUGCAUCACUGGAGAUUUGCAUAUU